CGGAGACUUAAAACUGAAGUCGUGUUGGAAGUUACUCUCAGUUGCAGCGAUGCCGGCGCCGCCAUGGUUGAUUCUGGGAUAUUCUACCAGUAUUUAGAUUUUAGCAGAGCUCCCCCACGUUCAAGAAAUGGCUGAACUACUAGCAGGAGCUGCUUUGGGUGCUGUGUUUGGAGAACUGUUGAAGAUUGUUUCGGACACAAUACCCAGGUGCGUUAACUUCAAAGAAACCUUAGCUCACCUCUCAACCACUCUAACACGAUUAGGUCCAAAAAUCCAAGAGAUACAGAAGCUAAACAAUGAGUUGGGUCGCCCCAAAGAGGAGCUUGAGUCGCUGUUAAUUAGUACAAUGAGAAACGGUAAGCAACUCGUUCUCCAAUGUUCACAAACCCGCUUCAAGUAUCUGAGUAAUCUGACCAGGCCAUAUUACGAGAGAAAGCUUCAAGCACUGAUAAAAUCGCUCGAGAGGUUUAUCACCAUUGAUUUGCAAGUUCAGAUGGCCAUAGAUCAAAAAGAAUCCUUGCAUCUUAACAGAAAAGCCGUGAGUCUUCUCAGAAAAUUUUGCAGUGCAAAGGCAAAAGAAAACGCAACAGCUUCAUCUUCUCAUUCUAUGUCUACCCCUGUGCUUGAAGUUGUCAAUGAAUCAGAACAAGAGGAACAAUCAGAGCUUUUGCUAUCGGCUCCCAACGACUCAAUGACAUCCUUGGAAAAAAGUUCAACAAAUGGAAUAGAUGCUAAUGCAGUUACACACAAGAAAAAAGAGGUUAUUGUUAGAGGAGGAUUCCUUUCUGUUACUGUGAUAUCUGCUGAAAACUUGCCUGCAUUGGAUUUAAUGGGAAAAUCUGAUCCCUUUGUUGUUCUGACCUUGAGGAAAGCAAAAUCAAAAGCCGAAACAAUACACAAAACCAAGGUUGUGAACAACUGCUUGAAUCCUUCUUGGAAUCAAGCAUUUGACUUUGUAGUGGAGGAUGGAUUACAUGAUGAGCUAAUUGUUGAAGUUUGGGACCACGACACUAUUGGAAAGGAUGAUUUUAUGGGGAGAUGCACAUUGUCGCUUAAGAGGGUAAUACAUGAGGAGGAAUACGAAGGACGUUUUAAGCUAGUUUGUGCUGAACGUUUUGGUGCUGAAUCUAGCUAUUUGAAGUUGCAUCUCAAGUGGAUGCAUCAACCAACUCACAGUGAUUCGAACUUUCUACCGUCCUUCAGCAAUGAUCUGGAGUUAAAGCCUGUUGGGAUAUUAAAAGUAAAGCUUAUGCAAGCAAAGGAAUUAACAAAUGAGCAUACUUUCCGAAAACCGGAACUAUUUGUUGUACUCCACAUGCAGGCUUCAGGUGAGAAAGGGAAAGAAAGCGAGACAAUUAACAAUGAUUUAAAUCCAAUUUGGAAUGAAAAUUUCGAAUUUAGCGUCACAGACGUAUCCACUGAACACUUGAUGGUUGAAGUUUAUGAUUCUAACCAUUUACGGUCAUCUAAAUUGAUUGGUUGUGCUGAGAUACGGCUUAGUGAACUUCAACCUGGUAAAGUAAAAUAUGUGUGGUCGAAGCUUGAGCCCUUGGAGAACCAAAGAGAUAACAAGAUUAGAGGGCAGGUACACGUGGAGCUUUUGUACUGUCCUUUAGACAAGCAAUUUGCUCCCAACUACUCAGGAGUCCUUUCCGUUACUGUGAUAUCUGCUGAAGACUUGCCUGCAUUGGAUUUAAUGAGAAAAUCUGAUCCCUUUGUUGUUCUGACCUUGAGGAAAGCAAAAUUAAAAGAAGAAAUUAGAAACACAACCAGGGUAGUGAACCAGAGCUUGGAUCCUAUUUGGAAUCAAAAAUUUGCCUAUGAUGUCGAGGAUGGAUUACAUGAUAUGGUAAUUGCUGAAGUUUGGGACAAGGACCCUUUUGGAAAGGAUGAUUAUAUUGGAAGAUGCAUAUUGUCACUUACCAAGGUAAUACUAGAGGGGGAAUACACAGAAAGUUUUGAACUAGUUGGUGCGCAAUCUGGUUCUUUGAAACUCCAUCUCAAGUGGAGGCGCUAAGUACUUGUUGGGUCAUUAUUACUUCAAUCUAUUCAUGCACUCGAUGAUUGUAAAAUUUGAAUUGCGUGUCUGUCUAUAUUGGUAGAUUCCGCAUGAUACAAUUCCAUCUUUUGAUUGUUUCUAAAGAUAUUGAGUUAUGUCAAUAAUUUGAUUUUGUGUAUGUGCUUUUUUGCACCUGAGUACGAUAAGUUCAUAAUGCUCUGCCAGGACAUGAAUUUGUUGUGAA